AUAGAUUUCUUCACCAGUCGCCACAACUCCUCCUCCCUCUUCUUCCUCUCUCUCUCUCUCUCUCCCUCUCUUUGUUUUCAGAAUCUCUCGGAGCUCUUUGAACAACAACAAUGGCUGUUGACGCUCAUCACUCCAACAUUUUCUCUCAGUUAAUAUCACCAAACAGAGAUUGUGUUAAAUUCCAACAAAACAUGAAUCAUCACGGCGAGUUUAAUCUCGCCGGCGGAGAAGUUCCGGUAAUGACCGGAGACUGUCUCACCGCUGCAAAACCUAACUUCAUCAUCAAAUCAGAAACUCCUCUCACUUCUUACAACUUCACUACUGUCCCUCCAACGUCUACAAAACGGCCGCGAGAGUUUCAAUAUCACGACUCAAACGCUCAGUUCGCGCCUGCGGUUAAACGGAGGUCCGUAGCAGCGUUUGACUCGUCUCCACCGUCGUUGAUAAACGCUGAGUUCGUAUCUCAGAUCCAAAACCAACAACAAACGGAGAUCGAUAGGUUCGUAGCUCAGCAAACGGAGAAGCUAAGAAUAGAGAUUGAAGCUAGGCAACAAACGCAAACGCGGAUGUUUGCGUCUGCGGUUCAAAACGCUAUAGCCAAGAAACUGAAAGAGAAAGACGACGAAAUCGUGAGGAUUAGGAACCUCAAUUGGGUUUUACAAGAGCGUGUCAAGAGUCUCUACGUUGAAAACCAGAUUUGGCGUGAUAUCGCUCAGACCAACGAAGCAAACGCUAAUAAUCUUCGGACAAACCUAGACCAUGUUCUUGCUCAACUCGAAACGUUUCCAACCGCUUCACCCACUGUAGAAGACGACGCGGAGUCGAGUUGUGGAAGUUGCGGUGAUGGUGGCGGCGGUUGUGUUGGUGUUGGUGGUGGUGAAGCGGUUACGGCGGUUAGUGGAGGUUGUAAACGGUGCGGUGAGAGAGAAGCGAGUGUGUUGGUGUUACCUUGUCGUCAUUUGUGUUUGUGUACGGUUUGUGGUGGUUCGGCUUUGUUACGAACUUGUCCGGUUUGUGAUUCGGUCAUGAACGCUAGUGUGCAUGUAAACAUGUCGUCUUCUUGACCAUCUUCUUUAUUUCUUUUUCCCGUUCGUUACAAUUUAAUUUAUAUUGUAGUUAUAUUUUCCUAGGAUUUUUAAAGUCGCAAAGAAAUAGCAAAUUAAUUCUUUUCUUUUUCGUAA